AUGAUAAUGACAAUGAGUGUGAUCAACACCAACAUACAUGAUCGUUUGGUGAUGAACAAGACCACCAAAUUAGACCCUAGCAAUAAGGGCGCCCAUGGAAAUGAUCAUAACCGAACAAAGCGGUCAAUAGGUGAACUAGGCGACUUUGAUCGACAAAAUAAUACCACUAUCAAUAUUCAAACAGAUACAACUACUACAACGCUCACACCAAUCACCACAACACUGUCCACCAACUCGACAGCCACCCAACCAACAGUCCCGCCAUUCACUACCACAACCGCCGCCUCGACAACAGUCACCACCACUUUCACGACAAGCGCACCGGUAGUCAACUCGUGGGCCUCAUGUCUCGCGUUUACCAAGUAUUUCAUCAUAUCAUUCAUAUUGCUAUGGAUUGUAUGCAUAAUUGUGGAGACAUUGAUCGUUGGCUUUGCCAUCAGCGGUACCGAAAUGAAUACCGCCAUCGAGUGUCUCAUAAAGAUUAAGAUUGGACUGUUUGUAUUGGAGGUAUUACUGCUAAUAGUGAACAUCUCUUUGAUCGGUGACUACAUUGGUUUCUCAGCACCGGAUGGCAAGUCGUCGUGUCUGAGUGUGCCCACAAUGAAGACAGUGGUGGACCUGACCAUAUUCAAUUGGAUCAUUUUGGCCACUAUUUUUGUAGCCAUCAUAUGCUAUGUCCUCAAGAGAUUGAUCACCAAAAGUACCGAUACCGUUGAUAAGAUGGCCACAUUAAUGAUGGCCAAUAUGAUCCAGUUGAAUAUGGUCAGGUCGACCACUGUUUUCAUUAGUUGGAAAUUCCGACACGACUGA